AAGGGUCGAAUUUUGAAGCAAAACUUCCACAAAACGUCGUUGAUGUCAGUCUGUGCGAAAUGGCUGAAAGUAAAGGUGUGUUGUUAGCAAAGUCGGUACAAAAACACGCAGGUCGUGCUAAAGAGAAGAUCCUCCAAAAUUUGGGAAAGGUCGAUCGAACGGCAGAUGAUAUUUUCGAUGAGCAUUUAACAAAUUUCAAUCGGCAGCAAGGCAAUGCAAAUCGACUGCAGAAGGAGUUCAAUAACUACAUACGAUGCAUUCGAGCCGUGCAGACUGCAUCGAAAUCCCUAAUGGAUGCCAUAUGUGAGGUGUAUGAGAAUCAAUGGGCAGGCUCUGAAGCACUUCAUGCCCAAGUGGCAGCAAUUGAGGUGCUAUGGCAGGAUUUUUCGCACAAACUCGGCGAUCAGGUGCUGAUACCCCUCAAUACGUACACGGCGCAAUUUCCGGAGAUGAAAAAGAAAAUUGAGAAGCGCAAUAGGAAAUUGAUUGACUACGAUAGUCAGAGGCAUUCGUUCCAAAAUCUCCAGGCAAAUGCCGCCAAACGUAAGGAUGAUGUUAAGGUAACAAAGGGACGUGAACAACUUGAGGAGGCACGACGUACAUAUGAAUUGCUCAAUUCUGAACUUCACGAUGAACUUCCGGCGCUACAUGAUUCACGGAUUCUCUUCCUGGUUACAAAUCUCCAAACGCUCUUUGCAUCUGAACAAGUUUUCCACAAUGAGACCAAUAAAAUUUAUGCAGAAUUGGAAGCUAUUGUCGAUAAAUUGGCGACAGACUCACAGCGUGGAUCCUACACACUCAAGAAGGCAAAUGUCAAUUCCACUCCGUCCAGUCCACAGCAGCCAGCAAUUAAGGCAAUUGCAAAUUCAACGGCGACAAUCAGUAACAAUAGCUAUCCAAAUACAACAAUCACUAAUGGAUCCGCCAAUGCCAAUAGCCCGUCCACCCCGACAAGUGUCGGGGAGCAGGAUAAUCACCGAGAGUCCCGGGAAAUUCCGCCGUCUCGCACAUUGAGUGAUGAGAAGAUGGAAAAUGCUCAGGGCAUGGAGGAGCCAUCGUAUCAGAACACUGAUGAGGCCAUCAGGGCGGCGGCGGCGGUGGCGGCAAUUGAGGACACGGAAGACAAUGUGAAGAAUGCCAAUGUGGCAAAUAGUACGCCUACGGUGGUGUCCUCGACUGAGGAGAGGGGUGGCAAAGUGAAAUCCGCGGCAGUGACUUCCGAUGCCGCGGAUACAAUUGAGACUGUGAAUGGGAAUGUGGAGAAGGGAAAAGAGGAGGCAGCUGCAGCUCCCACUGCUGCAGAUCAAACACCAACGGAUCUUCCACCAGGAACACUCUAUCGUGUUAAAGCUACAUAUCGGUAUAUAAAGGAGGAUGUGGAUGAGCUUAGCUUCGAAGUGGGUGACAUUAUCAGAGUAAUUGAAUACGAUGAUCCUGAGGAUCAGGAGGAAGGCUGGCUGAUGGGCGUUAAAGAGAAUUCAACUGAAAAAGGACUCUUCCCUGCCAACUUUACAAGGCCUUUGUAAAACAAGAGAAAUCAUUUUUUUUACUCUUGAAGAACAUUUUUUUGCAAUCUAAGAGACGAAAAGAAAAAUUUAUCGCGCAGAAUUUUGAAACUCAGAGUCUGUUUUUAUACCCCAACAUAUUUUUUUCACAUGAGGGAAUUCUUCUGUGAAAAAAUCAAUUCGCUUCGUAAAUAUUUUAUUCUCAAUGUGCGAAAGAAAAUCACUUUGAAAAUUUUUUAAGCAAAAAAAAAAGGGAUAAUAAUUCGGGAAAACUUUAGGACUUCCAGUGAAAAGAAAAGAAAAUCAAUUUACAAAGGAUUUAUAUAUUGCGUGCUUGUUACAAUUUUACCGUCAGAGUGAGAGAAAUUUUAAAAGUAAAAAAAAGCUCAUAUUUCGUCUUUAAAACUUCAUCUUUUUUUUAAUUUGUUUUAACAAACUAUUUUUACUUUAGUUUCAUUUUUAGUGCGUGAUGGGUUCUCGUAAUAUUAAUUGUUAUUAUGUCUUUUCUCCUCCCUCAUGAAAGAUAAAAAAUCAAGAGCAAAGAAUAAAAAUAAAUUAAUUCUGAACUAUACUCAAAAACUAAAAAAAAUCAUUUUAAUCUUUCAAUGAAAAAAUUGUAUAAAAACAAAGUUAAAAAAAAUUCAAGAGGGCCAAAAUAUAUUGCAAAAGUGCCUUGCUGCAGCAACAUUUAGAAAAAAAAGAAA